ACAUUGGAAAAGUAAACAAAAGCAACCGAGGAACGCGUAACUCGAGGCAAAUUUUUUCUAUAUAUCGUGUUGACUUUUCUUGUGAGAACUGGACCAACGAAUUCUUAUUUUUAAUUUUCAUGUUUGUCUGUUCAUGGGAAGUGAUGAUUUUUUGAAAUAGUUUCUGAAAGCAAAUGUGAAAUGGAUUGGUUUAUAAGUAAAACGGGCAAGAAGAAAUAUGCCAUUAGUGAUGAACAGAAGGAAAUUAAACCAUACCUAAACAAAGAAAUCUACGAGAAUUUUAGUUUGACUCAAGAAGAAAUAAAAGAAAUGGUUAUCCUUCCUGUUGGUAUGGAUAUUAAUGAGUGGCUUGCUACACAUACAUUGACCUUGUUCAAUAGUAUCAACCAAAUUUAUGGUGCAAUCACAGAGUUUUGUACUGCAAACACGUGCCCUACGAUGACUGCUGGUGCAAUCACCUAUAGUUGGUAUGGUCGAAAGGGAAAAAUAUCUGCACCACAAUAUAUCGAUCUCGUAAUGACACACAUACAAAAACACGUGGAGGAUGAAUCUUGUCUGCCGUCAAAAUAUGGCUCCAAGUUUCCCGCGAGUUUUGGUACGUCAGUGAAGAAAUUUAUAAAGCUACUACUUCACGUUCUUGGUCACAUAUACUACAGCCACAUCGAGGAAGUCAGUGAACUGCAGCUUCAUCCUUAUCUAAAUACCGUUUUUAUCCAUUUGAUGUAUUUUGAUAACAGAUUUUGCCUUCUCGACGUCAAGGAUACUGCACCGCUUGAGGAUUUAGCUCUAGCGAUGAAUUUGAAUCUUUAGCUAAAACAAAGUUGACAGAGCCACAGAAAAAUUAUGUUUAGGUUUUUAUAUAUCUAAAAAGGUAGUUAUUUAAAUCUAUUAGAGUUUAACAACGUAGCCCGGUUAAGUUACGAUUUCUAUACAUUAUAAUCAGUUGUAGUUGAAUAAAAUUACGAUUGUAAAAUCAAAAA